AUGAGAAAAACUAAUCAAUUGAAACCCAUUUACACAUCUUCAACCUAAAACUUAGCCAAAACCUUAUACAAAUUAAAGAAGCAAGAAGAAGAGUUGAAUGAUAUGAUUUCAUUAACAGAAUUAUGUGAUUAAGCUGUUAUGGAUAACAAAGCUCUUAAUAAAAUACUCAGAUCAAUUUACACAAACAAAAUAUAAAAAGAAAAUACUUAAAGACCAAGAAUUGUCACUUCUUAGCAUUCAUUUCGCAUAACAAGAGAUUAAACAGGAUUACAUAAUACAAGUAAUCGAUCACCUUUAAAUUAAUCUUAUACUCCAAAACAUACUUGCAGCAGUCGAAAUAAAUAAAGAGUAGCUAUCAAAAAAAAUCAAAAUUUAGAUCAAUGUUUUACAGCUACACAAUUAUAUUUUGCUUGA